AGGUAUCUCACCAACAACUGAUUUGAAGAAAUAAUCAGCRUCUUGGAUUACCUUUGAARAUUCAUUUURACUUUGAAGCUGAAGUGCAAAAGUUCAUAAACAUGGUCACUUMCUGGACAAAGUUUUUGAUUUUGUUACAYAUCGCCAUUAUGAUGAAAACGGCAACUGCUGAAGCUUCCAAUCUUAGAUGGGUCAGUGCUUGCUGUGGAAAAGUCCCUGCAUACCCGGUAGCAGGAGGAGAGGACUAUCCAGGAGAGGUUCUGUAUGUUGCACGAGUUAAACUCCCAUCCGGGCUYACUCCUGGCAAAAUGGACGUGUCAGCUCGUCGUGCCCAUACCUCUUGGGGAGGAAGAGAAUAUUCCAGAUAUUCAUACCAGAUCCUUACAAACCCAGGAUGGAAGUCUCAUUUGGAAUGGAAAAAGAGCAGUGGUUACACUGCUCCAUCUAACGCUGUAAUUGGAGGAUAUGACAACG